CCCUGUAGUUCCGGUUUGCUGGAGGCAGGAAGUCAGAACUCCUCCAGGGGACCUGGGAGGGGAGGGGACGCAAGAGCAAAGUUUUUCCAGCAGUAGGAGGCUGGGACCCAGGGUUGGGCCUUGGAACAGCUUCUCUCCCAGCUGUACAGCAGGAGCCAGGGACGCCCUGCUGGCAGACUUGGAAUCUACCACCUCCCACAUCUCCAAACGGCCGGUGUUCUUGUCAGAGGAGCCCCCCUACUCCUACCCAACUGGAAACCACACCUACCAGGAGAUUGCAGUGCCACCUCCUGUCCCGCCACCCCCAUCCAGUGAGGCCCUCAAUGGCACGGUCCUCGACCCUUUAGACCAGUGGCAGCCGAGUGGCUCCAGAUACACUCACCAGCAGCCUGCAUCACCCGUGUGCAGCUCCAGUGCUAAAAGUUCCAGUGCCUGCAACCCCCAGGACGGCGUUGGCUCUCUCUGUGCCCGAGCAGGCGAGGAAGAGCACGUCUACAGCUUCCCCAACAAGCAGAAGUCAGCGGAGCCUUCACCUACCGUGAUGAGCUCCUCCCUGGGCAGCAACCUCUCUGAACUUGACCGUCUGUUGCUAGAACUGAACGCCGUGCAGUGUAAUCCUCCAGGCUUUCCUGCAGAUGAGGCCAACUCAAGCCCCCCACUACCUGGAGCCUUGAGCCCCCUUUAUGGCAUCCCAGAGAAUAACAGUCCCCUGGGGGGCAAAGCUGGGCCUCUGGUGAAGGAGAAACCAAAGAGAAAUGGAGGCCGGGGCCUGGAGGAUGUACGGCCCAGCGUGGAGAGCCUCUUGGAUGAACUGGAGAGCUCUGUGCCCAGCCCUGUCCCGGCCAUCACUGUGAACCAGGGUGAGGUGAGCAGCCCGCAGCGAGUCACCUCCAGCCAGCAGCAGACACGAAUCUCGGCCUCCUCUGCCACCAGGGAGCUGGACGAGCUCAUGGCUUCACUGUCAGAUUUUAAGACUAGCUCUUCCACUGUGGUGCUGAGCUCCCAGGGGCUGCUGCCCAGCGCUGCUCCAUUCCCGCCUCUCACCCUUCUUCAUCCUUCUCCUCCUACUGAAUCCUCCCCUGGGGACCACACCCCAGAGGCCCUGUACACAGAAGGAAAUGGUCAGGUCCCUGUACCUUCUGUGGCUCCCAGAUGGCUUGGUGUGGGCAGUCUUGAGGAGACACCUGCCACUCAAAACUCAAGGUGUUCUUCUGUGGUGGGUUCUCAGCCAUCAUUUGGCACCGAGAGCCAGGCUCAGGUUAGGGAUGAUGCGACGGACUCCGUGAGUGAGUUGGUUACGACUCCCCUCAGCCACACUCAACACCCUGCAGGGAGCGCAGGAUCCCAGGGGCCGCUGGCCAGCCACGCCUGUUCAGAGGUGACUGUGGCUCCCAUUGGGAGGUGCCCACAGGCCUUGACAACCUCCAGGCAUGAGAUUGCCCACCGAGUGCCUUACGGCAUUCAGGAAGGGACUGAGCCAGCUGCCGUGGCUGUGGGGCGGCCAUCUGUCCUCCCAGACACCAGGACUCUGACCAAGGGCUGUGGGCAGCGAGAGAGGGUACAGUCAGAACUAGGGGCCCUGGGAAGCAGUUGUCCUGCCCCAGGGGACCAGGAGCAGCUAGGUGGGAAGAUUCCCCAGGAGAGAAGCCUGGAGGGACCAACACCGGUACUCAAGAACCCAGGGAACCCAGAAGGAGGUGUCACCGAAGCUGCUGUGGAAGCCAGGAGGGGACAGCCGGAGCUUUCUCAUACUGUGGCCAUGGGGACACCCAACGCCUCGGAGAGGAUUUCCACCUCUGGCCAGAUCCGCUCUGUGAUCAGGAGGAGCCGGGAGACAGGCCACGUACAUCCCAUGUCCCGGGAGCCCUCCCCUCGCCGCAGGCUGGACCCUGCCACCCUGAGCAGGAACCCAUCCCAGGAGCGGCUCAUUGCAGAGCUGCAGGGCCGGCUGGGCAUCCAGCUGGAGGCAGAGCAGUUGGCAGGAGCCUCUGCCCAGGACUGGCUGACUGAAGGCGUUGUCAUCACUGUGCAGCCACGUGGGAGGCAGGCUGGGGGGCAGCUGGUAGAGAAGGUGGUCUACCCUCCUGAUUCCCCCAUCCCCCUGAGAAGAACUGUCUCUGUUGUGGCUCCUCCUCCUCCUGCCCCUUUGCUCCAGCAGCACCCCGACACUUCGGCCAGCAGCUCUCCUCUGCAGCCCGGCCUGCCCACUCUCUCCUAUCCAGGGCCCUUGGCUGGUGCCUCUGCUUCUUCUGGGGUCCAGAGUGCAGGGGGAAAGCCCCAGGAGGAGGGUGGACAUGCCCCCCCUGCUCUCACUCCUGUACCCCACACCGUGAGGUCUGUGGGCUGCCAGACCAGCGAGGACUCACUCUUCAGCCCGCUGCAGAUGCACGGCCUGGAGCAGAGAGCGGAUGGAGAGCGGCAGUGGGCAGCCGGCUGGCCCCCCAGCAGCAGGCAGAGCAGCCCCGACGGGCAGGACGAGGGAGGGUUCAUGGCUCAGGGGAAAACUGGGAGCAGCUCCCCGCCUGGAGGACUCUCAAAGCCUGGGAGCCAGCUUGACAGCAUGCUGGGGAGUCUGCAGUCCGACCUGAACAAGUUGGGGGUGGCCACAGUUGCCAAAGGGGUCUGUGGAGCCUGCAAGAAGCCCAUCGCUGGGCAGGUUGUGACCGCCAUGGGGAAGACAUGGCACCCCGAGCACUUUGUCUGCACCCACUGCCAGGAAGAGAUUGGAUCUCGGAACUUCUUUGAGCGGGAUGGACAGCCCUACUGUGAAAAGGAUUACCACAGUCUUUUCUCCCCACGCUGUUACUACUGUAACGGGCCCAUUCUGGAUAAAGUGGUGACAGCGCUUGACCGGACAUGGCACCCGGAGCACUUCUUCUGUGCCCAGUGUGGAGCCUUCUUUGGUCCAGAAGGGUUCCAUGAGAAGGAUGGCAAAGCUUACUGUCGGAAAGACUAUUUUGACAUGUUUGCACCCAAGUGUGGUGGCUGUGCCCGUGCCAUCCUGGAGAACUACAUUUCGGCCCUCAGCACCCUCUGGCACCCCGAAUGCUUUGUGUGCAGGGAAUGCUUCACGCCUUUUGUCAAUGGCAGCUUCUUUGAGCACGACGGGCAGCCCUAUUGUGAGGUUCACUACCACGAGCGGCGCGGCUCCCUGUGCUCCGGUUGCCAGAAGCCCAUCACCGGCCGCUGCAUCACGGCCAUGGCCAAGAAGUUCCACCCCGAGCACUUCGUCUGUGCCUUUUGCCUCAAGCAGCUCAACAAGGGCACCUUCAAGGAGCAGAACGACAAGCCUUACUGCCAGAGCUGCUUCCUCAAGCUCUUCUGCUAGGCCGCUCCGGCCCGCGCCAGCCCGCUGCUCCUGUGACCCAGGGGUGACAAUCCAACAGAAACUGGAACCUCGUCCUCAGCAGGUGUAGCACAGGCACCGUGGAGGUCCUGCCUGUGUCUCGCCCCUACCAGAGCUAAAGGGGCCUCCUUCCCCUCCUAGGGCCCUGCUGGGCUCUGUGCACCUCAUCACCAGAGGUGGAACCUCUCACACUCACUCACCGUUCAGCAGUGGGGUCAGAGGGGAGGGCGGAGUGGCUCAGCUCGGGCUCUUUUUAUCCUUCCUCCAACUGAAUUACGCUAGUGUGUUGGGGACCCUGGGCCCCCUCUAGACAAUGCCAGCAUAAACUCAGCCACAGGCCGCCAGAGGCACUUGGGUUCCACCAGGUAUCUGGGCGAUUGCCCCAGUUAUACCUGCCCCGGGUCUCCGAGAAAGGCUCCUCCAGCAAUACUGUUUUAUAUGGACACAGUCUCCAUCUCUGGGGGCCGGCGUGGGGUGCGGAGGGUCACCCGUGCCUCAACACUGUACUGAUUUUGAUAGGUUUCUAAAGCAAGGUUCAACUUUGUAUUGCUCAAGUUGCUUUUACUUCUCUCUACAAGAUAAUUUUGAAGAGAUUUAAAGAACACCCCUUUUGUAUUCUUGUCUUUGUCCACUGCCCAUAGUCCUGCCAGUGGCCUUGGUUUUGGCAUGGACUUUGUUUUGUACUGAGGGCUUGGGAUGGAAACAAUUUUUGUAUCGUAUUUUAUUUCUUAGCACAAGUGAAUUGGGAGCAGCUCUGGCCCCUUCUGUAACCUCACAGUUCCCCAGGACUGUUUUUAAACUGCUGUAUUUUCAAGCCCCUCCCUACUGCCCAGGCCAACAGGCUCUUCAUUAAGAACUUGUCUGAGGGUGUUCGGCCCUUUUGGACCUGGGAUUUUGAACCUCGUGUGUCUUGUUCCCAAGGGAAGCAGUUGGGAAAGGACACAUUUGGGGUCUGCGUCCUAAGUAAGCCAACAGGAGCCAGCCCCUUCUCCCCAUGAGCCUCUCAGCAGCAGGAGAACCCACCGGCCACUUCUCAGUUGCCUCAUUGCUUCUCUGGGGCUUUCUCUGCCUUCUCAGGAAAGCUGGUGUCUGACUUUGACCAGGAAGACCAUAAAGGGUCUCUGGUCUCCGUUCUACUGGGCGCAUCUCUUCCUCAGACUUCCUGGCAACUGUGGCAAAGGUUGCUUCCUUUCACAGGUGGGAGUCAUGCUUGGGGAGGGAGGAGUCUGGGAAGAAUGCCCCAGGUUGGUCCAAGGGAGCCUGGUAGGCUCUGGGGGAAGAGGGACAAGAUCCUGUUAGCAAUGGAAGCCGCACAGCUCCUACUCCAAAGGAUGAAACAGGAGCAGCCAGCUUGGAAAAGGCUGGGAAAAAGGUGCCUGGACCCAGAGGCAGGGGACCCUGACAUUACACAGCUUCCUAGUAAAGGCCUAGUGUGAUGGGUCCCCAAAAAGCUCCUUAGUGAGGGCUGGGCUAGUAGCAGCCCAGGUGUAGGAAGGUCAGCUUGGGCGCUCCAGAGGUCUGACAUCGGCACUUCCACCCACAGGCCUUACUGCUCUGUUUACAGUGGCCUGCUCCAGGCCCCUCUCCAAAAGGAGACUAGGGUGUCUGGAGGGCCAUUCUCUCAGUCAAUGGAUAUGUGAUCAUUUGAUUUUUUUUUUCUCCUGUAAACUUCUAACCUGGCUUUUCCAUUUCAAUUCCUGUGAUUCAUGCCAAUAAAGUUUGCCAUUAUUUUCACCCGUGCUGGUGUC